AUGCGCAAGAGGUGGAAUAGUAAAAUCUACGUACCAAAAGGAACAUUCUAUCUCGGUGGUGUAGAGUUUGUGGGGCCAUGCAAAAAUCAGAUUGAAUUCGUCAUCGAUGGAACUUUAUUGGCUCCUUCAAACCCUAGAGAUAUUAAGCAGGACACUGGAUCAACUUCAGUACAUCAACAAUCUAUAUAUCUCCGGUACCGGUACACUCGAUGGUCAAGGGAAAAGUCUUGGCCACUCAAUGACUGCCACAAAAACACCAAUUGUCCUAAACUAGCUAUGUGUCGGAAGCUUAGGGAAGAACAAAGCGAGAAAGACGUUAACGGCAUAACAGUACGUGACACGGUCUUUAACGGCACAAGCGAUGGUAUUCGGAUCAAGACUUGGGAAUCUUCUGCUGCAAAGAUCGUCGCUUCUAACUUUGUGUUCGAGAAUAUUCAGAUGAUUAAUGUUGGAAAACCAAUCAACAUCGAUCAGAAGUAUUGUCCUUACCCACCUUGUGAAAAGACGGGAGCGUCUCACGUUCAGAUAAAGGACAUUAAGUAUAAAAACAUAUAUGGGACGUCGAAGAACAAAGUGGCAGUGAAUCUACAAUGUAGCAAGAGCUUUCGUUGCAAGAAUGUUGAGCUAAUUGACAUUAACCUUAAGCAUAACGGAGUCGAGGGUGGUCCUUCCACUGCCGUGUGCGAGAAUGUUGAUGGUUCUGCUCGUGGUAAGAUGGUUCCUCAGCAUUGUCUGGCUUGA